GUGUGUGUGUUCCCAUCCAGCACAGACACCCAGACAGGGACACACACACACACACAGACACAGACACAGACACAGAGGGAGACCCCGAGACAAGGGGGCAGAGUGUCCCUCAGUGUCUCCCCAGCUCCUGCUGUCUCCGGGAGAGGUGGGGCUUGGAAGAUGAGGACCAGUUUAACCCCGUCCCGGGGUUGCUCGGGACCACCCUGGAUAUUACCCUGGAGCCUGGUGGCGGCUCUGAGCUGCAGCUUGGCCCCAGCCCUGGAUUUGUCCCCGGCCCCAGGAGCGGGCAGAGCAGGAGGCGGAGGUCUAGGUGACUCCCGGCCGCUGAAGCUGACCAGCACCACGUUCGCACUGAGCGGGGACUCGGCUCACAACCAAGCGAUGGUCCACUGGUCCGGACAAAACAGCAGUGUAAUUCUAAUUCUUACAAAGUUGUACGACUAUAACCUCGGGAGUGUCACUGAAAGCUCACUUUGGAGGUCGACUGAUUAUGGAACGACAUAUGAGAAACUCAAUGAUAAAGUGGGCCUGAAAACUGUGCUGAGUUACCUGUACGUCUGUCCUACCAACAAAAGGAAGAUAAUGCUCGUGAGUGAUCCAGAGAUUGAGAGCAGUGUCCUCAUCAGCUCAGAUGAAGGUGCAACCUAUCAAAAAUACCGGCAAAGCUUCCAGAUUCAAAGCAUGCUGUUCCACCCCGAGGAAGAGGAUUGGAUUCUGGCCUGUAGCCAAGACCAGAAGUUGUACAGCUCCAGUGACUUUGGAAGGAGGUGGCAGCUGAUUCAUGAACGAAUUACUCCAAAUCGGUUUUACUGGUCUGUAAUGGGUUUGGACAAGGACCCUGACCUCGUGCACAUUGAAGCAAGGAACACAGCUGGCUAUGCUCAGUAUGUUACCUGUCGAAUUCAGAAUUGUUCAGAAGCAGCAAGCAGCAAACUCUUCCCAGGAUAUAUAGAUCACAAUUCCUUGGUGGUCCAAGAUGACUAUGUCUUUGCUCAGGUGACAUCUGGUGGACGGGUGACUUACUACGUGUCAUAUCGAAGACAGAGCUUCACACAAAUGAAACUCCCCAAAUAUUCAUUGCCCAAGGAUAUGCACAUCAUCAGCACUGACGACAAUCAAGUGUUUGCCGCUGUGCAAGAAUGGAACCAGAAUGACACGUACAAUCUAUACGUGUCUGAUGCAAGAGGAGCUUACUUCACGAUUGCUUUAGAGAAUGUGAAAAGCAGCCGAGGCCCGGAGGGGAAUGUUAUGAUUGACCUUUAUGAGGUAGCAGGGAUAAAGGGAAUGUUCUUGGCUAACAAAAAGGUACAAAGACAGGUUAAGACAUUCAUCACCUAUAACAAAGGACGGGACUGGCGACUGCUUCAGGCUCCGACUGUGGAUGUCAGAGGCAACAAGAUUCACUGCAUCCUGCCAUACUGCUCUUUGAAUCUACACUUGAACGUGGCACAGAAUCCCUACACAUCAGGAAACAUCGGCAGCAAGGACUCUGCACCUGGUAUCAUUGUGGCCUCAGGCAACAUCGGCUCUGAGCUCAUAACAGAUGAGGAAAGUCACACUGGAGGCAUGUUCAUCUCAUCAGAUGCAGGGAACACCUGGAGACAGGUUUUCGACGAGGAGCACAGCGUUCUGUUCCUGGACCAGGGAGGUGCGCUUGUGGCCAUUAAACACACACCGCAGCCAAUCCGACAUCUAUGGUUGAGUUUUGAUGAAGGCCAGAGCUGGAGUAAAUACAGUUUUACCUCAGUUCCUCUCUUUGUAGACGGAGUUCUUGGUGAACCAGGAGAUGAGACACUGGUAAUGACUGUGUUUGGUCAUGUCAGCCACCGCUCUGAUUGGCAGCUUGUUAAAGUGGAUUACAGAUCCAUCUUCAGCACAAGAUGCAAUGAGAUUAAUUUUCAUUCAUGGGAGCUCCACAAUCAGGGCGAGCCUUGCAUUAUGGGGCAAAUGCGAAUAUACCAGAGACGUCGCCCAGGAACGCAGUGCAUUCUGGGAAAGAAGUACAAUCGAGCUGUUACAUCGGUGCCUUGUAUCUGCACGGACUCUGACUUCGAGUGCGAUUAUGGAUAUGAGCGUCACUCUGAUGGAAGGUGCCUACCUGCAUUCUGGUACAAUCCCUCUUUCAUGGCGAUGGAGUGUAUCACGGGGCAGAGCUACCUCAACAGUACAGGUUACAGAAAAGUUGGCUCUAACAAUUGCACCGACGGUGUCAGAGAUCAGUACGCAGCUAAGCAGCAACAAUGUUCAAACCGAGUCCCCCGGGGUCUACACCUCAUCACCAGCAACGGCAGACUGGCCACUGAUUCAGGACAAAACAUCACCUUCAUCGUACACCUGGAGGAGGGAGAUGUACCAAGGACCAGUUUGCAGAUGGAAUUUGGUGAUGGGACAGCAGUGACCUACUCUAAUCUCAGCUCAGUCGAAACUGGAGUCAAACACGUCUACAGACACUGUGGAAUCUUUCGUGUCAUCGCUCAAGCAUGGAACAGCCUUGGAUCCACCCGAGCCCAUCUUUUCCUCCAUGUAACUUGUCCUAUUGAGCAUGUGCACUUGACCUUACCUUAUGUUGCAAUCACCAAUCAGCAAGUGAACAUGACAGCGGUGGUGUGGCCCAGUCCCUUUGGCCCUCUUACCUAUUUCUGGUGGCUCGGGAACAAGACUGAGCCCGUCAUUACCCUAGAGGAGAAUGCUUCCUUUGCAUUCUCUACAGAGGGAAUAAACAGCGUCACGGUGCAGGUAUCUGCUGGGAAUUCCAUUCUGCAAGACAUAAAGAGUAUAGCUGUAUUUGAUUCUUAUCGCUCUUUGGUAUUGUCGUUCACACCAAACUUGGAGGAUUACAACCCAAACAUUCCCGAAUGGAGGCACGAUCUCAGUAAGCUCGUCAAAAGAACUCUGCAACAAGUCACAGCUGUACCUGAACAACAGAUGUUGCUGGCCAUUCCCCUUGGUUUACCAACUGCAGCAGAACUCUACAUCCUGCCAUACCAAGGUCCUGCAGAAGAGAAACCGAACCAUUUGGAUUUAGAUGAGAUUUUAGACCUGGUGAUUAAUGCACUGAAUCAGAAUCGGGUUCAGUUUGAGCUCAAGCCUGGUGUUCAGAUCAUUGUCUCCACUGCUCACCUUACUCUAGCCCCUCUUGUGGAUUCUAGCCCAGGACACAGUGGCUCUGCAUUAUUGAUGCUGUUAUCAUUGGCCUUUGUUGGCUUGGCUGUUUUUAUCAUAUACAAGUUUAAAAGGAAGAUACCAGGGAUUAACGUUUAUGCCCAGAUGCCCAAUGAGAAGGAACAAGAGAUGAUCAGUCCAGUCAGCCAAAUUGAGAGCAUCCCCAACAUCACACAAAAUGAAUUAACCAGGCCAGAGGAAUUCACUGUUGAUGACCUUGACAUACAGAAUUUAGGAAACAAUCCAACAGUCACUGAAAGCGAGAGCACAAAAGAGAUUCCAAGCUAUGUUUAACACUGGGACCUGCUGAAUCCACAUUGGAGUUCGACUUUUCUAUCCUACAACACACAAGGUUUUAGCUUUAAAACUGUGCAUGUGGAUGGUAAUGACACAGAUUGCUUAUUGUAACUAUUUGGAUAAAAAAAUCUCUUUUCUAUUACUUUAACAAAAAAAAGAAAAAAAUUAUUGUAAAUUGAACAAGAGAAUGUGGUGGUUAGGUCCUAAAAAAUAUGUACAGUACAUUCAAUGUAAGAGGUAAUAUAGUGACACAAAAGAGCACAUGUACUUGUGAAAGGUACACUAUUGGACAGAAUACAUUCUCGCUAUCUCCUUGGCGAUUUAUGGAGAGUACGUUGCCAAUCCCUGAGCUUGACCCCCUGAAGAGUCAUGCUCGAGUACAAAAGACAAACUGCAGAGAGGGCAGUAAGCAUGGGUUGUAGGUCAUUGGCCAAAAGAACCACUUUCAUUUCACUCAGAAAGCUACGCUAGGUCCAGAAUACACUGCCUGAAGGAGUGCUGGGUUUAACUUCAAUAAGUUAACUUCGUUAACUUUCAACAGGGAGUUAGAAUUGAAUUAUUUGAGAAGAUAAAAUAAUGCAGGACUGGAGGGAAUGAUCAGGAGGGAGGACUAAUUGGAUAGCUCUAUCAAACAGCAUGAUGGGCAGAACAAUCUCCUCCCAUGUUGUAUGGUUCUUUGAUGUUUCCUAAUCAUUAAUAUAGUCUCCAACUCCCUUCUUCACCCUCACUAAAGAAAAAUCCAAAGCAUCAUGCAAAUUACAGGUUUAUGAAGUGAGUCACACUGACAGUACCUGGUCCUCCCAUUUGUACAUACUGCCUGAUUCAAUUGACAAUAUAAGUUGCUGAUUGUCGGAUGUAGGUCCUUUAAUUACUGACAUACCGAUCUCAACCAGGUACUGGCUGCUCCAAUCACCAACACUUUGUGGACAGCUCCCAGAUACUUUCUCUGUAAUUCCUGGCAUGGUCCCAGCUCAUUCCUGAAGAAGGGCUUAUGCCCGAAACGUCGAUUCUCCUGUUCCCUGGAUGCUGCCUGACCUGCUGCGCUUCUCCAGCAACACAUUUUCAGCACUUUCCCUGUAAUCCCUGGCACGGUCCCAGCUCAUUCCCAACUCAACAGCUUUCCUGACUACACUCUGAAUCUGCCAGGUGCAUACCCCCGCUGUGUUGGGUGAACACAGCACACCAACACGUCUGAAUGACAACACUCCUCAAUAAAGUAUUACCUUUUAACCAGAGCGUACUGUAAUAUGCUGCAUGCUAGCAAGAAGCUGCACCGACUGUACACCAUCGGUGUGCUUGGUUUUCUUGUUCCAGUUGCAUAUUGUACUGUUAGAAAGUAUUGGUUACAUUAUAGAUCAGUUCACAGAGUUAGACUCUUUUUUUAAUAACAAUUGAGAUGAUAGAGAUGUACAAAACCUUGGGGUUACUAGUUCAGCUGUCAUGAUUCAGCAGGAUGUGUUUCUUUGAAAUUUGAGUCAGAAAAUAACGAUCUUUAAAAUACAGCAGUAAUACUUUAAUUGUCAGAAGUUGGAGCCAAAUGCUUAAGGCCAUAAGAAAUAGAAACAGGAGUAGGCCAUUUGGCCCCUCAAGCCAGUUCCACUAUUCAGUACACUCAUGGCUGAUCUGACAUUCCUCACGCCCACUUUCCCGCCCUUUACCCAUAAUGCUUCACUCCCCUUUGGAUCAAGAAUCUAUCUAUUUUAGCCUUAAUUUUUUACUACAUGUUUGAACAUUAAAUUGUAAUUAUAGCGUAGAUGCUAGUUUAGAAAUGGGAAUCACGAUGAAGCCAAUCUGGCUUUUGAAAUUCAGAGUCGGGACAUUGGAGGAAGUAUUUAAAGCCUAACUCUGACAUUCUUCUCAUCUGCUAUUUGAGUGGAGGCAAUAAGUCCUGUGAUCAAAAGAGAAAAUGCUGGAAAAUCUCAGCAGGUCUGGCAGCAUCUGUAAGGAGGGAAAAGAGCUGAACGUUUCGAGUCUAACUGACCCUUUGUCAAAGCUCAGUUCCUGUGAUGAUUAGCACCAUCUAAAAGAAAUUCAGAUCAUGUUUAGCUUUCAUACCUUAGUAUCCCACAGAGUAAUAGGCAACAGUAAAAUAAACUAGCAUCAACUUAUCAAAAGGAAACUAAUUAGCAAGCUAAUUAUAAGAACUGGGUUGUUAAUGGAACACGUGACAUUAUCAUUGGCAGAUUCCUAUGUCAGUUUCUGAGAGGAUCAGAAAUGGAAUUACAUAAGAAACAAGGAGCAGGAGUAGGCCGUCUGGCCCCCCGAGCCUGCUCCACCAUUCAAUAGGAUCAUGGCUGAUCUUU